AUGCCUACAGCAUAUAUCCAAGCACGCAUGGACCGUGCGAUAUCCUCUCAGCCUUGCAAGGUCCUAAAAGCUCCUAAUCGCCCAGUCGCGAUCCGGGAACAGUACAUCACCGACUCGAUAACACUAUUGGCACUCAGAUCACAGGGCGACGGCCACUCCGUGGCUGCUUAUAAAGUACAGGACGAAAAUGAGGUUACUCGAUUCACAGCCAGUGGUGGGAAAUACAACGGUCGCCCAUGUCGAGAAUCUCGUGAUGCUUUGGGUCUACCCUUUAUAGCCACUGGUGCACCGCGACUGGUCCCGUUUGGAAGCUUCAUGUUCACGUUCACAAAUCUAGCUGCCACCGAUACGAAAGUUUCAAUGGGUGAUAAAGAGGUCACGCUGGAGAUUGAAAGAUAUGGGCGUGUAUUGGAGUCCCUUGAUAUCGUGGAUGGAGACAGGAAGUUCACUGAAGUGCGCGAGAGUGUGCAUCACAACCAGAAACUCGCCCUGACCCCAAGCACACGUCGCAAUUAUAGACCUGUUCUUGAUAUCAUCGUUACCCCAGGUGUGGACUUAUCACUAGUUACUGCUAUAGCCAUCCUGAUCUCAGAUAGCGUACUUGGUUCCGAGUAG